AUGUUUUCCCUAUUGUUCUUCAUGUCUGGUUUUCCUGUUUCACACAGCAAUCCUGAAAUUUACCUACACUGCCACGAUGCAUUGUUCGAAUGUGGGAAAAUCUCCGUCGGAUAUCCUUUCUUCGGAGGUAAUCGAGGACGAGAGUGCGGGCUACCUGGUUUGGAGCUUCUCUGUCACGAUGCUACUGAUACUACCACCAUUGAAAUCGCUGGUGUAAAAUAUCAGGUGCUGGACAUCAGCCGCGAACGCCAAACCCUAACGAUUGUGAGGGAGGAUUUGUUCAAACAUGACUUUUGUAGACUUCAAACACCAAUCCGAGAUUUCGUUAUGGAUUCAGAGCUGUUUGAUCCUGCUCCUGGAUAUACCACCAAUGUUACCCUGUCUUAUGACUGCCCAUCUUCAGUCCCGUCGAAUCUUGGGCUCUUCCAUUGCGAUGAUUCAAAAUACAACAGUGUUUCCGUAACUACAGAUGUUGUCGGCGCAGAUGGAUGUUCAGCUCGUGUUACUUUUCCGAUUGCCAAUCCUUCCGGGGGAAGAUUUCAGUUUCACAACGAAUCUCACCUGCUUUCAGAGGCAUUGAAAAAAGGGUUCAAGGUGAAAUGGAAGUAUACCCCAACAAAUGGUGGAAACACGUAUAGCCAAGGAGGCAAUGCCAAUAACAACCGUCUCAAGCUUGGACUUGGAAUAGCCGGUGCAGGUGCAGGUUCAACAAUUGCCUGUAUACUAAUUGGAAUCGGAAUUUUACGUUUCCGGCAACGACGGCAAAAGAAAAUCGCAGCCCAGGUUACGAGCAGAGACCUUCUAACAUCUCAAUCAACUUCCACAUCUCAAUCCAAUUCUUCAUACUCCACUUCAAAAUGUGACAUUGAAAGAGGAAGCACUUACUUUGGUGCCCAUGUUUUUAGCUAUGAAGAACUUCAGGAAGCCUCUAAUAAUUUCAGUUCUUCUAAACAACUUGGAGAAGGUGGUUUUGGCACUGUUUAUUACGGUGAACUCAGGGAUGGUCGUAUAGUGGCGAUUAAGCGCUUAUACGAUAACAAUUUCAAGCGUGUAGAUCGGUACAUGAACGAAAUCGAAAUCCUCACUCGCAUUCGUCAUCCGAAUCUCGUGAUACUCUAUGGAUGUACCUCUAGACGUAGUCGAGAGCUUCUCCUUGUUUAUGAGUACAUUCCGAAUGGAACCUUGGCUGAUCAUUUGCACGGAAAGAGAUCGAACUCCGGUUCGCUUACUUGGCAUGUUCGUUUGAGCAUCGCCGUCGAGGCGGCACUGGCAUUGGCUUACCUCCAUGCAUCGGAGAUCAUACACCGUGACGUUAAAUCGAAUAACAUUCUCUUGGACAACAAUUUCCAUGUGAAAGUGGCUGAUUUCGGGUUGUCACGAUUGUUUCCUAACGAUGUUACGCACAUCUCGACUGCUCCGCAAGGCACCCCAGGUUACGUCGACCCGGAGUAUCACCAAUGCUACCAACUUACCGAGAAGAGCGACGUGUAUAGCUUCGGAGUUGUCCUGAUCGAGCUAGUUUCGGCGAAACAAGCAGUGGACAUCCACAGGCAUCGACAUGACAUAAAUUUGGCUAGCAUGGCAAUCAGCAGAAUCCAAAAUCAGGCGUUGCAUGAACUGGUUGAUCCGUCUCUCGGAUUCGAGGAUGAUUGUGACUUGAAAAACACGGUAACGGCGGUGGCGGAACUGGCGUUUCGCUGUUUGCAACAGGAGAGGGAGAUGAGGCCAUCCAUGGAAGAAGUGUUGGCGACAUUGAAAGAGAUUGAGGAUGGGGGAUCAGAAGCUGAAGUGGUGGCUAGUAGAUCGGAUGAUGUUGGAGCGUCGAAGAGCAUUCCUCCUCCACUUUCCCCGGAUUAUGAGACGGAUAAAUGGGUACAGAUAAGAUCGAUGUAAUCCUGAGUUUUCUGCAAAUGAACAUGAAUUCUCUUAGGAGUUUUCUACUGUAGAAAGGGAAAUACUUGCUCAAAUUCCAUCAGCAAAACUGAACUGCUCUGGUUAGAGGAAUUGGGAAAUAAUUCAGAGGAUGCGCUGCUCUACUGGAACAGCAUUACCUUGUAAAUUGUAGUGAUGUAACAAAUAUCAUCUUCUAUUUUGAACUCAAUUUCCCCAUUUACAUAUUUCCCCCCCCACGUCGUGCAUGGAAACUGAAGCACACUUUUAUUUCCCCCACUCGGUAUG